CUCUUUGUACUCAUCAACUACAAUGAAAAUGAACAAACAUUACUCAUACGACUCUGGUUAGUGGUGAAACUUGAGCGAAAUGCUACUAUUUGCAGUUGUACGUCUUCACUACGAAUAUUCGACAGUUCUCCGGACGGUCUGGUAGAUCCGGAAGAAGAACCGAGCUUUACCUUCUGCGGCCACGAAAUCGCUCCUGGAACUACAUUCUACUCCAGGUUGCUUACUUUGGAUGAGCAUCUUCUUCUCCAAAUCAUACACGGCGAAGCAUCAUCAAAAGGUUUCAUGGGUGAAUACAAAUUUUCAUCCAAAGACAACUACAUGAUUGAUGGUGUCGAAAUAGCAAGAUUGCAGCUAUAG